AUGAGUGUGUCACCAUGGACGGCGCUUCCGGCGGAAUUACGCGAACAGGUCUAUGCAUAUGUGCUUACGGCGCCCUCGGGUCUUACCUACCGUACAGGAACAGACGGAGUAGAGCGCAUCUGCGCACGCGAAAAGCAGGCCGCACAUGUAAACAUGUCGAGUGAUCAUCUGCUUGCAUUGCCCCACUACCUGUACCACAGUCUCUUGACCGUCUCUCGUAGGGCAGCCAUCGCGCCAGAGGAAUUAGAAUUUAAUCAGAUCCAGUACGUCAGCAGACAGUGCUACCGAGAAGCACACGGCCUCGAGUUCCGUUACAACAACAUCCUGUUUGAGGACAGUUGCGAUGUGAGUGCGGGUCAACGGUGUCGUGUGUUUGUGAACAGAGCGGUGAAGCAACACUAUGCACAGUACCUGAACCUCUCGAUCCGUGGCUCUGGCUUCUCCAUCCGGCCGCCAGGGUUUGGCAGCAGCCCCAUCACGCUGGCUCAAUUUUGUGUGCAACAUCCAAAAGCGUCUCUCAAGUUACACCAUCCCUUCUGGUCCCAGCGAAGUCCUGGCUUUCUGCUUCUAGGGCUCGCCUAUGCUGCUGCCAUCCGUGGCCACACACUACUUGAGCAGCUCGUCAGAGAGCAGGGACCCAUGCUGGACUUUGAUUUGACGCUGAUCAGAUCGAAGCUCCCCAAGGAAGGGAUGCCACGCAACUUUCGGCUUGCUCCGUGGGAAGAGAGUCUGGACAUACCAGCGCUGCGUGAGUCGUUGGGGGAAUGCUUAUUCUUCAAGAGCGAGAACAGCCCGGGAUGGCUUGAUCUGGCAGAGAACUGGUUUGUCGAAGGCCUGUAG